CCACUGCAUUCCAGCCUGGGUGACAGAGUGAGACCCUGUCUCAAAAAAAAUCAAAAACAAAAACAAAAAGAGAAUCCUCAGAAGAAUUAAGAGUUAAAUUUCUGUGGCAGUAAUGUGAGUCUCACCAGGUGGGCUCACUGCCUACUGAGAAGAGUCAUCUGGCACUAAAACAUCAAAACUAGCCUGGGUUCCUGCCAUGCCUUUGGCAUGGGGUAUCAGUUUUUUUCUCAGGAUAUGAUCACUAUUUCCCCUCUGGGGACUUUGCAGUUGGCACAACUAUUUCUUUUCAUUUUUGACUGCAAUUCUAGUCUAAAUAGUCUCAUGGGCUCUGGCUCCAAUCUCCUGUCAUUCUAAUCCCAAGCAGCCAAGAUCAGACACUGGGGUAUCUCUUUACUGGCAGCCCCAGACUUGAACUUUGGAAAUUGUGGGAAAUUCCAUUCUUUGGGCACGUAGUACUUGUGAAUCUACCAUAGAAGAGUUUCUACCAUAGAAGAGUUUUCCCUGCUGAGUAGAAAUGGCAUCAGAAUAAUAUGGAGAAAAGCAUAAUGAAAAUAGUCCUUUAUGUGUAUAUGAUAUUUUACUACUUAAAAAGUGAUUUUAUGUUUAUUAUCUUGUUUUUUCCUCCUUAUAACCCCAGGAAGCAGACUGGCAAAGUGGUUAAGAAUAUCAAUUGUGGGCCAGGCGCGGUGGCUCAAGCCUGUAAUCCCAGCACUUUGGGAGGCCGAGAUGGGCGGAUCACGAGGCUAUCGUUUGGGAGCAAUGAGUUUAAAACCCUUUACCUACCCGUUUCCAGAGACGAGAUUUCUUCAUGCAGGACCCAAUGUGUAUAAAUUCAAAAUCAGAUAUGGGAACAGUAUCAGAGGAGAAGAGAUAGAAAAUAAGGAGGUCAUCAUCCAGGAGCUGGAGGUCCCAGCUGAGAAGAAAGCAGUAGGAGCUGUGAUGAGGAAACGAAAACACAUGGACGAGCCCAGCUCCCCCAGCAGGCCAGGGCUGGACAGGGCCAAGAUAGGGACUUCCAGCCAAGGCUCCAGCAAAAAGAAGCCCCCUAUGGAAACCAGGAGAAACAGGGAAAGAAAAACCCAACAAGGAUUGCAGGAGACUCUGGCUUCUGAUAUCACUGGUGUCCAGAAACAAGAUUCUGAGUGGGGGCACAGCCUGCCAGGGCCAGUUGUCCCACCCCUGCAGCACAACACACCUCCACCUAAGGAGCGAGCAGCCAGCGGCUUCGUUGGGUUUCUAAGCUCUCUCUUCCCGUUUCGAUAUUUCUUCAGAAAGAGCAGCCACUCUUGACCCUUCCAAAUGCAGCGCUGGAAAGAGGAUCAUCUCUUGCAGUGACUCCUCCCGAAUCAUUCUUCCUCCAACUCUUUCCUUUUCUUAUGACACUUCAGUCGUGGAGAAUGAGGUCCCCAUGCUGAGUCCUCUGUGGUUUUAUCCUGUCCUUUGCCCCUUUAUAUAUUUUUUUUCCGAUUUAAAACAUUAAGAAUGGAACUUUCUAAAAUGUUCGUGUCUGGAGGGCCCGUUUAGGCCUUUUGUCUUCAGCACUUAGGAUCCUAAUGACAAUAAAUUAUUUAUGAAGAGUUA